GCGGAGGCAGACCCGGAGGGGCGGGGGCGGGGGCGGCGUGGAGGAGGUGGAGGCCGGCGGUCAGCUCCGCUCCAGCUCGGUUGUCAUGUCCCGCCAGGCGAAGGAUGACUUCGUGCGGCACUACACAGUCUCUGACACCAGGACCCACCCCAAGGGCUACACCGAGUACAAAGUAACAGCGCAGUUCAUCUCAAAGAAGGACCCAGAAGAUGUCAAAGAGGUGGUGGUCUGGAAGCGGUACAGCGACUUCCGCAAGCUGCAUGGAGACCUGGCCUACACCCACCGCAACCUCUUCCGCCGCCUGGAGGAGUUCCCCGCAUUCCCCCGUGCCCAGGUGUUUGGCCGGUUUGAAGCCUCGGUGAUCGAGGAGCGGCGGAAGGGGGCAGAGGACUUGCUGCGCUUCACCGUGCACAUCCCCGCACUCAACAACAGCCCCCAGCUCAAGGAGUUCUUCCGGGGUGGGGAAGUGACACGGCCCUCCGAGGCGUCCAGGGACCUACACAUCCUGCCACCUCCUCUGAUCCCCACACCGCCUCCCGAUGAGCCCCGGCUGCCCCAGCCGCUCCCCGCGGAGAGGAAAGGCCUUGAGGAGUUGGAGGUGCCAGUGGAUCCCCCACCUUCCAGCCCUGCCCAGGAGGCCCUGGACCUCCUCUUCACCUGUGGGAGCAUCGAGGAGGCAUCCAGCUCCCCUGCCCGGGGCCCCCUCACUGAGGCCGAGCUUGCGCUCUUCGACCCCUUCUCCAAAGAAGAAGGCUCAGGCCCCAGCCCUACUCACGUAGGUGAGCUGGCAGUGAUGGAUUUAGCGUCCAAAAGCCUGGACCAGGAGCCCUGGGAACCAGGAGGACAAGAGGAAGAAGAAGAUGAAGAAGGAGGGCCUGCCCCUGCCUACUUGAGCCAAGCCACAGAGCUCAUCAUGCAGGCCUGGCGGGAUGAGCAGGCGGGUGCCUACCCUGCUGCACUCCAAGGCUACCGAGAUGGGGUGCACAUCCUGCUUCAAGGAGUGCCCAGUGACCCAUCCCCAGCCCGCAGAGAAGGUGUAAAGAAGAAGGCAGCUGACUACCUGAAGAGGGCAGAGGAGCUCCUGCAUCUGCACCUGUCCCAGGUCCCACCCUGAGAGACAGUGGACCCUUCCCCAGGACUCCACUUCCAGCACUGCCAACCACCCCCUCCUAUCCCCAGAGCCUGGUCCUACCUCCUAGUCUUGUAACCCCAGGGGCCAUUUAUGUAUGUAACUGGACCAAGGAUGAGAAAAAUAAUGAGUUCUCAGCUUCCCAACUACACCUGCCACCUUGGGAUCAUGGACCCACAAUGCUGAUCCUGACUGUUUCUAUCUUGAUUUGCAAGCAGCAGUUCUGGUCACUAAACUGUCACUUUACCCUUCCAGAACUGGGGCCUGCAAACUGUGCCCUGCAGCCAAAUCUGGCCCACUGCCUUUUUUAAAAGGCCCUUAAACUAGGACGGUUUUUACAUUUUUUUUCCGUGGUUGGGGAAAACGAUACUCUGACAGGCAAAACUUAUAACACACCUAAGUUUCUGCAGUAAAAUUUUGCUGGA